AGAGCAGGCUCUGUGCUCUGCUGUCCUCACCGUUAGGUGCGUUAGCUUCAUUUUCUGACUCUGCGUAAUGCAGCUGUAGAGCCUCUGCAUCCAACUUUGAGAACAAAAGCAAGGAUUAGAUUUUGGAAGAAAUAGAGUCUGUUUUGAAGCCGUCUCUUCUCCAAUUCUGUGAUUUGAAACGCUGUAAAUACAUUGUUGUGGACUAACAACGGUUACGGAAAUCUUGUGCUGUAAAAUCCGUGUUCCUCGUUUUGGACCACCAAUGGAAUAUCAGUUUUGACUUUUCAACAUUUCAAGAGACUUUCAAUACUGGAUCCAAACAUGCUGGACACAAACCACUGCCUUCAUAUUGACACUUCUUCUUUUGAGGAUCAACCAGUCCAAAACGGUGAAGAUAAAUUGUCUGUGACUCUGGACUGUGACAGACAUGCUUAUCAUAGCCUCAAAGAAGUUCUUCAGCUCAAACUACAACAGAGAAGGACGCGAGAGGAACUGGUCAGCCAAGGAAUCAUGCCUCCAUUGAAGAGUCCAGCUGCCUUCCAUGAACAGUUGAAAAGUCUGGAGAGAGCACGCACUGAGGAUUACCUGAAGAGGAAGAUCAGGAGUCGGCCAGAGAGGUCAGAACUGGUCAGAAUGCACAUCCUCGAAGAGACCUCAGCUGAGCCCUCACUGCAGGCCAAGCAGCUGAAGCUGAAGAGAGCCCGACUGGCAGAUGAUCUCAAUGAUAAGAUCUCCCACCGCCCUGGACCCAUCGAACUCAUCCACAAGAACAUAAUCCCUGUGCACACGCUCAUUGGUACAGAGUCUCCGAAGGGUGAGAGCUCCUCACUGGACGAGGACAGUAGUGAUGCCCUAUCACCGGACCCCCAGUGCAGUCAGGACUCUCCGUUGGGUCUAGCCCCUCAACACUCCCCGUCUGAUAUGCUGAAAAUGAAUGGAGACCUCUCACCCACUCAGUUCCUCACUCAGGCCCCUCCUCCUCCUCUCGUUGUAUCCAAUGUUUCUCCACCACGGCAUCUAACCAGUGAAACUAACAUGACAAACUCUUCCCGUCCACCAACAGGACAUGCAAAGCAGUCCAAGUCCAGCACGGAUCGGACAUCACAACGAUCCAAGAAACCCAAAGAUAACAAGCCCAAAGUGAAGAAACUCAAAUAUCACCAGUAUAUCCCACCUGACCAGAAGAACGACCGGGAGCCGCCUCCUGAACUGGACUCCUCGUACGCCAAGAUCCUCCACCAGCAGCAGCUCUUUCUUCAGCUUCAGAUCAUCAACCAGCAACAGCAGCACUACAACUACCACACUAUCUUACCCGCACCUCCAAAACUUCCUGCUGAAAAGCAGCAAACAUCCAGCAAUCCAGGCCCCUCCCCUUCCCAGACUUUUUCCACAUGCUCUACAAUCUCCUCCAAUCACAAUGGGCCCAAUCGUCAGAGCCAGCCUACAGUGGGAGGAGCUAAGCCCAGCACUUUACCUGCAAACCUGGAUGAAUUCAAAGUUGCUGAACUUAAACAUGAGCUCAAAUUGAGGGGUUUGACAGUAUCGGGCACUAAGAAUGAUCUGAUCGAACGACUGAAGAACUACCAGGAGCAGAAUGGUUCAUCAGCCGCAGGGGCUGCAGCUACAAAACCCGGCCCUGCUCAGUUACCACAGGUGUCAGUUCAGUCAUCUGGUGCCACCCCACAUCAAGCCCCGAAAGAUACAGUUGUUCCAUUGUCAGCCUUUCCUGUAACGGCUACCACCCGGGUCCACAGCACUCCACCUCAAAUCAUGCGCUUCAGCAGCACUAGCUCCUCUCCUCCUGCAUCUCCGACCCCCUCUGACCGCUCUCUGGCUGCAUUGAGUCCUGAUGAAGCAAGCUGCAAUGGGGAUGUGUUUGGAGAAAUGGUUUCCUCGCCUCUCACUCAGCUCAGCCUGCACCCCUCUCCAGACCACCCCUCCCCAAUUAAAGAGGAGUCUCAUGGGCAGAUGCAGUCCUCCUGCAGCCUUUCUCACCCGGGUCCGCUGUCUAAGGAUCCAGGUCCCGUGGCAGCAACAGGAUCUGCUGUGUCUCCUCUGAACAAAGACCAAAUGCUUCAAGAGAAGGACAAGCAGAUCGAGGAGUUGACACGGAUGCUUAGACAGAAGCAGAGGCUGGUGGAGACCCUGCGCUCUCAGCUGGAGCAGGGUAAGCGUGGAGCAGCCGCAGACAUAACGGACAACACGGGUAACGCUGAAAUACCAUUGCUGUCUAACGGUGUGGAAGUGAAGGUAAAGGAAGAGAUUAAGGAUGAAAUGGACACAACAGAGGACCUGCUGAAGCAAGUCCAGCCCCAGAAGAAGAUCCAGACGCAGUGUUCGCAGCAGACUCUACUCAAACUGCAGCAAAUUCACCGGCUGCAGCAGCAGCAAAUGCUGGUGGACGUACCAGGUGUACAGCAACAGAAGACACAGUUAUUGCAACAUCAGCAGCAGCAAAAUGAACCACUGAAACUGCAGCAAGAGCAAGGAAAAACACAGGUGUUACAGUUGCAGCAGCAGAAAAUGCAGCUGCUGCAGCAACAGCAGAAGGCACAGUUACUGCAGCAGCAGAAGACACAGUUACUGCAGCAGCAGCAGAAGGCACAGUUACUACAACAGAAGACUCUGUUACAACAGCAGCAAAAGACUCAGUUGCAGCAGCAACAGAAGACGCAGGUACUGCAACAGCAGCAGCAACAAAAGCUGCAGCAGCUCAUCAUCCAGCAGAGGCAGCAACAAAGCAAUCAGAAGCAGCAGCCAAAGCCACAAAAUCAGCCACAGCAGCAGGUACAGACACAGGUGAUCGUCAACCAGCAGUCUAGUACUCCAAUUACUACAUCUUUCCCACUGGAUCUCCUGAAAGCUCACCCCACUCCCACGUUGGUCACUGACAGUAAUGGCAACCGUUAUCUGAUUGCACUCACCAGUAAUAGUGUGGACAGCCUGACUGGAAAAUCUCCUCAGAGCAAAACCAAUGGAUGGAUUACUCUACAGAGAUUGCAGUCAACUCCUACCAAGCUUCCUAGCCAGUCAUCUACUAGUAUGGCUAGUUCUGCCAAUCAAUCACAAGCUGUCAGAGAGCCCGUCACCAAAGUUCAGAAAGUAGGGCUCCACUUGGAAACUCCAACUGUUAAAGAGUCCAGCCAGCCAGUGUCUGCACCAGCCAGUUUUGAGCCCUUCUUCUGUGAGGAAUCGAACCCGCUGAGCAAACCCUCCUCACCCCCUUCGUUUAAGGAGGACAUUUGCCCAUCUUUUGAUCGACACACUUUAUUUACCCCUUCCUCCCCAAAGCCGAACCCUCACCCUCCUCAGCAUUUCAAAGAUAAUGUCUCAAACAACCAGCAAAUAGACGAUCUGUUUGAAAUCCUGAUGAAGAGUGGAGAAAUUUCCUCUGGAUUUAAAGCCAGUCAAGACCCCUCCCUGUCAGACCUCCCCUCCAGCCCACCCACUCCAUCCCCACCUCCUUCUCCGCACCACUUCUUGCCACCCACACAUCACCCCGACACCCAGAACAGGCCUUGCUCUGGAACAGGCCGUCUGGAGGACUUCCUGGAGAGCACCACCGGUGCCCCUCUUCUCGGUGUGGAGCCGGACGGACCUUUGACGUUAAUCGAUGACCUCCACAAUCAAAUGCUGAGCACUUCCAGUAUUCUGGACCAUCCCUCAUCUCCAAUGGACACCAGUGACCUGAGCUUCUCGCUCCACCCUGCCAGCCUGGACUUUGAAGACCCCACCUUGGAUGGCAUGGAUUGGCUGGACAUACCUGUGGGAGGAGGGGGCAGCAAUUCUAACAGUGGGGGUAUGGUUCUUGCCCCUCUGAGCUCGCACACCCCACCCAGUGUAUUCUCUGCAGACUUUUUGGACAGUUCAGAUCUGCAGCUCCACUGGGACUCAUGUUUGUAGCUUUUGGUCUUAAUUGCUUGACAAGACACAAUUUAGCACCUUCAACGUUACUGUGUAUAGGCUGUACACAAAACACUCCAGACGCACAUGAUGUUUAUGUUAAAUAGCUUCAUUUUUUUCUUAAUAUUCCAAUGCCAAAUGGUAUUUAAACAGUUCCUGCGGCUGAUAGGCUCUCAUAAGCACUGAAUUUUAAGCUCUCAUUUUUUUCUUCAUACCCAAAUGUUUUACGUCACAUGGCAUUGUUGCCUUUGCCAACAGAGAGACCAAUCUGGACCCUGCCAUCAACUUCUCACAUCAUCGACAGCUCAACAAAAGAAUCCAUAUUUUGGCCUAGCAAUUAGAAAAAUUGUCUAUGCUGGUUAAGAUCAUUUUUCACUUUAAGCACCCCAGUUUGUACACUCCACUACCUAUCUUUGGCAUCAUGUACUGUUAUUUCUCAAUAAAGCUGUGACCUCAUAACCAUUAUGAGGUGUAGUUCUGCUCUACAGGUUUCACACUUUUCCUUCCAUCGACAAACUAAAUGGAGGAAAAAUGUGAGAUGUCAUAGACACCCUUGCUUUUGAACCCUUUUGGCUUGUUAGUUUUUUUUUAAACAUUGCACUUGAGCCGACCCGACUGGCGCUCUGGUCUACACCCAAUGUAAUGGGAUCUGCAGGGAACCAGGUUUGGUGACGUUCACCAGAUCUCUAUGCAUUGCUGUAUUUUAGGAUCAUGUAUUGAUGAAACCUUCGUUCUUUUCCCCCUGAUUGUAGCGAUUCGCUGGUGGAGGUCAGUGCUGAGGUUCAGGUUUCAGAGUAUUUGGAACUUCUUGUUUUUUAAAAAAAGAAACUAAAUAAAUAAAAGAAAAAAAUGCA